AUGUCCCGCUUCGAGCCCCUCAACGCAGGAAACCUGCGGUCAGAUGGCCGCCGCCCGCUCGAGCUUCGUUCCUUCUCCGCAGAGCUAACUACCCAUCCCUCAGCAGACGGGUCCGCCUCAGUCUCCCACGGGCUCACCCAGGUAACAGCAUGUGUCUACGGGCCGAGGGAAGCGAAGAACCGCGCUCAGACGAUGCAUGAUCGUGCGCUUGUUAAUAUAGAAGUCGAGGUUGCGCCCUGGGCUGGGGAGGUACGAAGACAGCGGACGAAGGGUGACCGACGCACAGCAGAGUUCGCUGCUUCGGUCAAGGCGACGUUCGAGCCUGUCAUCCAGACGACGCUCUACCCGCGGUCGGAGAUCGAUAUCCAUAUACAUGUUUUGCAGCUGGACGGCGGUCUCCUCCAAGCAGGGAUUAACGCGACCACUCUGGCGCUUGUUGAUGCUGGUAUACCCAUGCUGGAUUAUGUCUCUUCCCUCUCGGCGGGACUGUAUCAUACGACCGCUAUGUUGGACUUGACGAAUCUCGAGGAGAGUGAUCUGCCUAGUGUGACGGUUGCGGUACUGCCCAGGAGUGGGAAGGUUACCCUUGUGAGCAUGGAGACGAGGUUACAUGUGGAUAGGUUCGAGGAGAUGUUCAAGUUGGCUAUGGAGGGAGGUAAGGUUCUGAGAGGAGAGAUGGACAAGGUAGUGAGAGAGCGAACAAAGGUAUUAGCGAGGCAAAUGGAAGGAGGAGCAGCGCAGGAUGAAGAUAGGAUGGAGACUGAUGAUUUGUAG